AUGACAAGCUAUGGCCAGUCUGGCGGACGGGGGCCUGGGUCGCGGCGGGACAAGCUCCGGGGCAUUCUCCGAGCGGCAAACGAGCUGAGGCAAACAUAUCAAGACCAAAUCCAGAACAAGCUGCUUAACGAGGUAGAGGGAGGCAUUCCAGGCGAGUUCCCUGAUAUUGCGAUCGUGCGCAAUGGAGAGGAGGAAAUGGUCUUGUUCCCAACCUACGCCCGGAAGCAUAUGACGAGGAAGACCAAUCCGGACGGCACGCCGAGGUAUCCUCCCGGUACGCACGAAUCUAUUGAAUCACGACACAAUACUGGAGAUGCAGAAUAUUGGAAGAAAGAAUGGGAGAAGUACGAAGAUGCCAAUGCAAUACUCGACGUGGAUGUACGUGGAUGGAUUUACUCACCUCAGCGCGGGCCACUGAGCAGGAAGAAUAGACUUUUGCUUGCUGUGGCCAGGCGACUGAGUGGCAUCUAUGCUCCACCUCCGGCUCCGACGACGUCUCGGCCCUCGAAUCAAGCCCCCGCCGGCCGGGAAGAGCUCGAUGACAACCCUUCAAGACAUGAGGAUGAAAUUGCUGCACGCGAGGCCGCGAACAUUGCUCAUCGGGGAGAGAUGGAAGCUGAUGCUGCCGCGCGAGGGAGCUACACUCAAUCAAGUCGGAAGAGCUUCGAUACCGAUAGCCUUGCAGGAAGUCGGUCUGGAUCACCUGCGCGAUCGGCGAUGUCGUCCAGCCGAGUGAUUGCAAGCGACGACGACGAUCCUGGACAGCGUCGCCUUCUGAAACGACUGUCUUGGAACGAGCCGGCGAACAUGAGUCGAGAAGAAAUGGCAGCCGCGAACGAAAUGCUGAUGGACCGACUCCGACCAUUCAUGUCCACACCUAUAACCAACGCCCCAAUCACCGUCUUCUUCUUCAAUGAUCAAAGGUCAGCUUCGAAGUCCGUCACCACCGAUGACUCGGGACACUUCAAUCUGCGCGCGGCUCUCGACUUCACGCCAACCCAGGUCCGAGUUCUGGCCUCAGACAAGCUGUCUGCCACUGAAGACGUCCUGGUCACAGAUAGCAAAGGUGUUAGUUUGAUCAGCGACAUCGAUGAUACUGUCAAACACUCCGGCAUAGCAAGCGGCGCCCGGGAGAUAUUCAAGAACACAUUCAUCCGGGAAUUGUCAGAUCUCACGAUUGAAGGAGUGAAAGAAUGGUAUACCAAGCUGGCAAGUAUGGGCGUCCAGUUACAUUAUGUCUCCAACUCUCCGUGGCAACUGUAUCCCCUUUUGCGGAACUAUUUUGCAAUGGCUGGACUGCCGCACGGGUCAUUUCAUUUGAAACAAUAUUCGGGAAUGCUGCAAGGUAUCUUUGAGCCAGCUGCCGAACGGAAGCGUGGCUCAUUAGAGCGGAUACUCAAUGACUUUCCGGAGAGGAAGUUCAUUCUGGUGGGGGAUAGCGGGGAGGCUGAUCUCGAGGUCUAUACAGAUGUCGUUCUGGAACAUCCUGGACAGAUCAUUGGUGUCUUCAUCCGAGACGUGACAACACCUAUGAAGAGGUCUUUCUUCGACCAAACCGUCUCGAAUACACCUCCAGACUCCGUCAUCUCGUCCAAAGACGGUAGUCGGCUGGGUAUGGACACUCCUGAAAGCAGACCUGCUCUGCCCACGAGACCAAGGUCGGACCCCGAAGCGACUGCGAAGGAGGCCGAACUGAUUGACUUCAAUGAUGACAUUGAUCCCAAACCGAGGAAGACCAACUCAUCCCCACCGGAAAGUAUGCAGCCAUCCGACCAGACCGGAAAGCCUCCUGCACCCAACAAGCCAAACAAGCCGUCCAGUUUGCGGAAUUUCUCUACUCAGCCCCUGUCGAUGUCCAACCAUGACAGACCGUCGGCGUCAGACACAGAAUCAGCAGAAACGUCCAAGAAGAAGCCUCCCCCUCCGCCCAAGCCUCGUCGCUCUGGCGCCACGGCCGCAUCGGACAAGCCUACCGAGUCGACCGCUCCAUCAGGAGUUACACGGCCACCAUUUUCGUCCACACGACAGAAUCAGGGCCAGUCCCAAGUGAGUUCGACAGGAUCUCACCCAUCCUUCUCACGUACCAAUACAUCGACAAGCACCAUGACAUCAAGCCACACGUCAGCCCGUGGUGGUGACGACGACGGCUAUGUCGCAUCUGCUCGACGCCAGAUGGCAUCCGCGUACAACCAACUGCCUGCCAUGCGGUCAUCCUCUCCAUCACGUCCUACCGCCGCUGCUGCCGCUGCCGACCAAACGGGCAUCGGCAGCGACAACCGACCGAACCCACCACUUCCGCCUCGACGAGGGCUCUCGUCGUAUCCUGCGGCGGCGGCGCGCUGGGCAACAGGUGCCACGGGCGGUGAUCCCGCGGCUGGCGGCGACGGUGGGUACCCGGCCGCGUCGUAUGACAAGAAAUUGGAGAUCUGGAAGCGCCGCUGGGCCCGGUCGGAAGAAAUUAUGCGGCAGCGCGGCGUGGUGCUUCGCAGUUGGAGGGUCGGUACGGACGUGAUGGACGAGUGUGUCCGGGUGGUGAAAAGGGAGUUGGAAAGGAUGGAACGAAGCGGAAGUGGAAAUGGAAAUGGCAAUAGCAAAGGAAAUGGAAGUUGA